AAUUGAGCUGUUUACUGAACGAAUCUCCCUUGGUGUACAGUGUAGUGGGAUAGGGAGGAGCCGGCUGAAGAUCAGAUUAAUAUUUAUAGGUGGAAACAAUUGAGCUGUUACUACAGUUUGAAACAGCUCCAGUCUGUAGUUCCGGUCUGCCUCCUGACGACAAGUUGCUGCAGUUUUAGGGAGAGUUACUGCCAGUUCUCCCACAGUCACUAACAUGCGGGAUUACGAUGAAAUUACCGCUUUUCUCGGAGAGUGGGGACCCUUUCAGAAAAUUAUCUUCUUCCUUUUGAGCCUCAGCAUUUUCCCCAAUGGUUUCUGCGGAAUGUCCAUCAUUUUCAUCGCCGAUACUCCUGAACACCGCUGUUUAAUUCCCGGGCACCUCAACCUCAGUGAAGCGUGGAUGAACCGCACGAUCCCUCUGGAACAAGACAAGGACAAACUCCAGUACAGCAAAUGUAGACGGUACCGGUUGGAUGUGAUCAAGAACCUCUCGGAGAUAUUCCCUGACCCGGAUUCCGUCAAUAUUUCUGAGGUGGGACAGGAGCCCUGUUUGGAUGGAUGGGUGUACAGUAAGGAGCAGUACAUCUCCACCAUCGUCAGCGAGUGGGAUUUGGUGUGCGACAAUGACUGGAAAGGGCCAUUUUCUAUGUCAGCAUUCUUUGUGGGAGUGUUGGCUGGUUCCUUUGUUUCUGGGCAGUUAUCUGACAGGUUUGGAAGGAAAAUAGUUCUGUUUGGAACUAUGGCUGUACAGACUGUUUUCAGCAUAAUUCAAGCAUUCUCUCCAAGCUGGGAAAUAUUCUGCUUUCUGAAUUUCAUUGUAGGCCUUGGACAGAUUUCCAACUAUGUGGCUGCUUUUGUCCUUGGAUCGGAAAUGCUUGGAAAAUCAGUUCGGGUUAUGUACUGUACACUGGGAAUCUGCAUUUCUUUUGCUAUUGGCUAUAUGCUUCUGCCUUUGGUUGCAUACUUCAUAAGAAGCUGGGGGGCUCUGCUUUUGGCCCUGUCUAUCCCUGGUGUGUUCUACAUUCCUUUGUGGUGGCUUAUUCCUGAGUCUCCACGCUGGCUGCUGACAACUGGAAGGGUACACGAGGCUGAAGCAACAAUCCAUAAAAUGGCAAAGAAAAAUUGUGUUACUCCACCAGCAACACUAUUCAGUGAUCUUGAGCUUGAAGAUAUGAAGUCUAAAAGUAACCAGUCUCAUGCAAUUAUUCAUUUGGUUAAAACCUACAAUAUCCGAAUGAUCACAAUCAUAAACCUUCUUGUAUGGAUGAUUAUGGCAGUUGGAUACUUUGGCCUGUCUUUGAGCACGCCCAAUCUCCAUGGUGAUGACUAUUUGAACUGUUUCUUCAUGGCUGCCAUCGAAGUUCCGGCCUAUAUAGCAUCUUGGCUUUUCCUCCAGAAGUUUUCCCGAAGGUUCAGCCUUUCAGGCGCGUUUUUACUUGGUGGGGUUGUCCUUUUCUUCGUCCAGCUGAUACCUCCAAAUAUUUCUGCACUUGCCACAGUGCUGGUGAUGAUUGGAAAGUUUGGGGUGACAGCUGCCUUUGCCAUAGUUUAUGUCUACAGCUCUGAACUGUUCCCAACUGUGGUAAGAAAUAUGGGUGUCGGUGUGAGUUCUAUGGCCGGCAGAUUUGGAGCCAUCGUCUCGCCUUACAUUUUUUACCUUGGUGUUCAUCAUGAUUUUCUCCCUUUUAUUGUGAUGGGGAGUUUGACAGUGUUUUCAGCAAUUCUGGUUUUGUUUCUGCCUGAAACAGUCAAUAUCCCUCUCCCAGAAACAAUUGACCAAAUGCAAAAGAUUAAGGGGUUUGAUUGCAGAUGUAUUCACAGAAUACACGAUGAUUUACGUAAGAAUGAAACAACUCAAGAAACUUUGGUGAUGGUGCGUACAAAGGAGGGAAAUUAACCCAACCCUAGCAGCAGGUCAGCAGUGGAGAAAUGGACAAUGAGUAUUUUUUCAGUUGUUACCACAGAUCAACGUCAUCUCCUAUUGAAAUAAACUUAGCAAUGCAAUCAAGAUACUCAGGGAAUAUUGUUAUAUCAGUCGGGUGGGACACUAUGAAUUUACAUUUUCUCACUUACAUUUUUACAAGGGAUGUAUUUUGAUCUAACUUAAACUUUAGCCAACAGUUUGAUCUUAAAAUGUACUACGAGGUCAGUUUUGCCAUUUGCACAACAGCCUGUUUCACUACUGACUGAAAAUAAAACUGCUGCUAUUUUGAGAAACCAACCUUAAUAACAUUCAGUU